CCCUCUCCCCAUUUUUCUCUCUGCCUGGACAGUUUCCCGGAGUUGCAAUCAUACACAUGAUUCAGAAUAUGGAUCCCCCGGAAUCAAAACAUCGCCCGUCCAUUUCCCCAGAGCCCCCUCGCAAACAUUAUUCUGUUCCUCAGAAACGCAAAGCACCGUCUGAAAGGGGGGAUUCAUCCGACGACCAAGACUAUACAGUCGGUGGCGAAUCCUCGCUGCAGAAAGACGAAUAUGAGACUGGCCGAGUCAUCUGCGAGGUCUGCGGGGAGGGAGUCUCCUUUCGCGACGAGGCAACCGGUGGUUUUACUCUCAAGCAUUGGGAUGCCCACCGCCAACAAUGCUCUACUACCACUCAAGCACCGCCAGAACCCGUAAUUUAUACACCGGAAAGCACCGCAGAAGCCCUCGCCAACCCUCCAACUAAGCGUCGACGAGCGAAGCGUACCGAAGAAGAGCGCAUUGACUACCUCAGAGCAGACCCUUAUGUGGCCCAGUUCGAGGCUUACCGUGUCCUCUGUGCUUCUUGCGACAAAUGGAUCCGCCUGCGCCCCAACUCCACCUACUGCUCCAUACCUUGGGACGCGCACCGCAAGAGCUGUCUAUCAAAGAAGAUCAAUAGCAAGAAUGUUUAUGCCCUCGAGGAAAGAAAUUCUAUGUUUGCAAAGGAUCCGGAUAUCCGCAAGUUCGACGCAGAGCGUGUACUGUGCAAUAGCUGUGACCGUUGGAUACCAAUCAGCCCAGAGGACCAUAUGCAAGCCGUACAGAAAUGGCUACAGCACCGCUCAACAUGCCAAAAAUUACUUGCCGCACCUCCCCAUGAACAGGGCUCAAGCAGAUCUAUUUCCCACUCGAAGACUAUCGAUAAAGUUCUGCCGCUGUCGGAACAACCAUAUUCAUUGGCUUCUAACCAUAAUCUUCCGCGCCAUGGGCACCGUUCCACACCCGACCAUUCACCAAGUGGCAGGGCCCCGGCACCACUCACAGCACAAGCACCAUCCCCGUCAUCUUCUUUCAAGGACCUCACACCGACCAGCUUUCCCCCCGCGCACGAGUCGCGAAGGCGAAAUGCAGAGCAGCGAGCGGCUACCUUGAAAUCGGACCCGCUAGUUAGGGAGGUCGAACCAAAUAGAGUUUUCUGCUCUCUGUGCAAGAAGUGGGUCCAACUUAGGCAGGACAGUUCUUAUUGCGCGUAUCCAUGGUUGCAACAUCGGGGGAAAUGUUUAGCCCGACAUGAAAGGCGUGUACAGAAAGCUGCUGAACUCGCCGAAAUGAGGGCGAAGCGGGGGGAUUUACAGGGUGAAGACGAACUGUUAUCACCCGACGAAGAUGAUUCCAUGGAGGAUGAUCUGGAAUCCGACGAUGGUGCUGGGUAUCGCCAAGAGAUUCUGCGAGCAGAAGAGCGACGAAAGGCCAAGUAUUCGGCGAAGCCAGAUUCUAGGUCACUCCUCUAUUCUGCGAAGAAACACCGGGUGGACAAAGGUCACCGACAAAGUUCGCCGUGGUCGAGUGGGGAAGCCUCUAGUUCUAUGCGGAAGUCUUCGCACAUGUCCCGUCCUCCACGUCUCAAGGGCAGGCACGAUCUGGACAGCGAGUCGCAGUUCGAUGACGCUCCGGCGACGGGUGUGACGAGCCGCCUUAUGCGCCGCUUAACCCUCGAUUUUGCAGAUCUAGAUUCCGUUCCUGGUCGCAUGAAGUUCAUAUUUUCGUCAAUUGCGUUGCUAUUUGCGACUACAUAUGAGAACACAGAUGACAUGACGAUAUCUUCGCUCCUAAGCUACUUGAACACCGCUAUGCCCCCGGACAAACACGAAGACUUUGACACGUCCGAAGUUGCCAAAGCCGUCGCCGCUCUGCAGGAAAGAGGGGAUAUCAUAUUCGAAGGUGACAUGCUCCGCCUUCCGGACUAAUCUUAACUUUAUUCCUUGCUGUUCCGAAACCGUGCAACUUUUCUUAUUGUUUUCGAUCCGAACUCUGUAUUUCGCUAUCAUCUUGCACUCAUCAUUGUCAUAGUUUUGUUUCUUGUUUUCUUGGACAUCAGUGCCUUGUCACUGCCCGGACAUUCUCAUCACCUCACUGUUAUUUACAAUGCUACAGCAUCUCGUUUCGCCCCCCUGUCAACCAUCUUAUAUAUCUGCUUUCUUGCUACGCCUCGUCUCGUCUAGCUGAACACGUUGUCUUAUAUAUCUAUAAUAGCAUUUCUUGGAGGCCUUUUGAAAGGCCGUGUUCGAGCUCAUAGCUA